AUGGAGAUUUUCGGAGUCCCACAAACCAGCAAAAAGAACUUGUUAUUGCAUUACAUGGGCUCGGAGACGUACAACAUACUAUGUGACCAUUUGUCUCCCGUGGAGCCCGAAACAAAAACAUUUGAGGAAAUCGUUACUACGCUUGGAGAUUUUUUCGAUCCAGUACCCUUGGAGAUGGUUGAACUGUGGAAGUUCAGAUCGCGGAUGCAGAAGGAAGGUGAAACUAUAAGCGAGUUUAUCACUGCGUUGCAGAGAGAAGCGAAGUACUGCAAGUUUGACGACUACUUACCCAAGGCAUUGCGAAACCAGCUGGUAUUUGGACUUCGCAAUCAACGGAUCCGUACACGGCUAAUAGAAGAGAGGGAUCUAACGUUCGACAAGGCGAAACAGAUUUCCCUAUCAAUGGAAGCAUCUGGAGAGGGAGCUGAAGUACUCAACCGGAGGAUGCAUGAAGUGAACCUGAUGGACAGGAAGAAAUCGAAGCGUCAACCGGCGCCAAUCUCUGGGGUUUUCGGUAUAAUAAAUUACUGCGGCAGUAAAAUAAAGGUUUUCGGUACCAUUGAUGUAGAUGUGGCGUGUAACGGGAAAAUACAAGUCUUGCGAUUGUUCGUCGUCGAUUCGAAAAGGCAACCGUUGCUGGGGCGGGAGUGGAUGCGUGCGUUGCAGUUCAAUUGGAACGAUGUCAUGAAAAACUAUCCUUCUAGUGUCAACAAAAUAACGCUGCGUACACCGUUAUCCGGAACGGUGAGAAAUGUACUCGAAGAGUUCCCUUCAGUUUUCGAUGAUUCUAUUGGAGAGAUCACCAAAGUUCAAGCUUCGCUAACCCUGAAACCGAAUAACAAACCUGUAUUUUUGAAAUCUCGUUCAAUACCUUUUUCUAUUCGAGAUGUUGUGGAAAACGAAAUCAAUCGGAUGGUGGAAAAGGGGAUCUUGUUGAAAAUUAACCACAGUGAAUGGGCGACUCCGAUAGUGCCUGUGAUGAAGUCCGCCAACAAGGUGCGUCUGUGUGGGGAUUUCAAGCUGACCGUUAACAAAAAUCUGUUAGUGGACGAACAUCCUUUACCGACCAUAGAUGAAUUAUUCGCCAACAUGGCCGGUGGCGAGAAAUUUUCUAAACUGGAUUUAGCACAAGCAUAUCUCCAAAUGGUUGUUAGACAGGAAGAUCAACCAAUACUCACAUUAAACACACAUCUAGGACUUUUUCAACCAACACGGUUGAUGUAUGGAGUAGCAUCUGCUCCCGCGAUUUUUCAAAGAGAGAUAUCCCAGAUUCUCCAUGGUAUCCCUGGGGUUUCGGUAUUCCUGGACGAUGGACUACCCACUUUAUCAGCACUUCGUAUGCAACAUUACGCUGUAUAUUUGGAAUCGUUCAACUUCGAAAUACGCUACCGUCCUUCAAAGGAGCAUGCAAACGCUGACGGAAUGUCACGCCUACCACUGCCGGACACAACUACCGAGGAUCGAAUUGAUGAGAUUGAUUUUGUUGAAGUUAACCAGAUUCAGAUGUUACCAGUUUCAGUUGAAGAACUCCGAGAGCACACUAAGAGAGAUACUGCAGUACAAAAGUUGAUUCAAGCGUUAAAGUCAGGCAGAUCUAUCGAUGGCUGUGAUCGAUUUGGUAUCGAUCAAAAUGAAUUUUCGUUGCAGAGCGGAUGUUUGAUGCGAGGUAUCCGUGUCUAUAUUCCAUCACAGCUGCGUGCUAGAGUCUUGGAGGAGCUGCAUUCCGGUCAUUUUGGAGUAUCGAGAAUGAAAUCUCUUGCUAGAUCAUAUUGCUGGUGGGAAACAAUCGAUCGGAACAUAGCUGAUUUAGCUCGAGAUUGCUCUAACUAUGCUAGGACAAGGAAUGACCCUGUUAGAGAUCCAAUACACUGUUGGGAACGACCAGUUGAACCUUUUCAGAGGAUUCAUGCAGAUUUCGCGGGUCCAUUCAUGGGAGUAUGUUUCCUUAUCAUCGUGGAUGCUUUUAGUAAGUGGCCGGAGGUUAAAGUGAUUUCUGACAUGACGACUGAAACAACCAUAGAUCGUUUGCGGGAGUUCUUCGCUACAUUUGGCCUACCGUCAGUGCUGGUGACAGAUCGAGGAACUCAGUUCAUGUCAGAUGGGUUCCAAUCUUUUCUGAAGAAAAACGGGAUCGUUCACAAAACUGGUGCACCGUAUCAUCCAGCCACGAAUGGACAGGCUGAAAGAUAUGUACAAACAUUCAAGGACAAGAUCAAAGCUCUCCGGUGUUCUAAAUCUGAAAUUCAGAAGGAAUUGUGCAAAAUUUUGAUGGCGUAUAGGCGAACCGUUCACCCGGCAACCGGGAAAAGCCCGUCUAUGCUUGUGUUUGGAAGACAAAUGCGAUCUCGGAUUGACUUAAUGAUUCCCUCGCUUGAAAAAGGAUAUGCUUCUCUUGGUGAGGAAAAAGCGGUUAGAUCAUUUGAAAUUAACGACAGGGUUGCAGCAAGAGACUUUUUUUCGAAUUCGGAGAAGUGGAGAUUUGGCACUGUAUCAGAGAAGAUGGGUAAACUACAUUACAUGGUAGAACUUGAUAAUGGACGAAUAUGGAAGCGUCACAUAGACCAACUGCAGCCUGGACCUGAAUAUCGACCGACAUACGAAGACGCAAUUCCGCGAAUGGGUAUUCGUAACAAAGCACCUUCCAUCACACCUUCUUCUCUCACAUCUACAUCUGUUUCUUCAUCGUCCCCUAACCCCACUUCGUCCUCACAAUCAGAGCCGCUUACAUCAAAUGAACAACACAGCUCAUUCAAGUCAUGUUUCACCCAUUCAACAUCCAUUCCAAUUCCAUCUACUCCUGUCAGCGACACCCAUCAUGGUACUGAAUCAGAGACGGGGUCGAAUAGAACAACGGAACCUGGUUAUGAGAAUAGGAGACGAUCUAAUAGAAUAAGAAGGCCUCCGAUCAAACUGGACCUCUGA